AUGCUGGCCUCACAAAGAAGAAAGGAGGCGACAGAUGUGAAAGACACCGCUGAGAUGGUGAAGGAAGCCUUGCAACAGGCCAGCGCUGACAUCAAGGGAAUACAAGACCUGCUGCUAAAACUGAGUAACACCACUCGAAGGCUGCUGAAGUUGGAAAGCGAUGUAGCUUUGCUGAAAGAAAAGGCACUCAACACCUCCACCAGCACGGAGAAAGAGGCAGACAGCAUCAAGGCACUUGCUGAGAAGCUCAAAAAGGAUCUGGAUUCAGAGCUGAAGGACAAGUACAGUAGUGUCGAGGAGGUGAUCACACAGAAAGCAGAAGGAGUGGCAGAGGCCAAGAAAAGAGCAGAGAAACUCCAACAGGAAGCCAAAACUCUGCUGCUACAGGCCAGCGACAAACUCCAGCUGCUAAAAAAUCUUGAGAAGAACUAUGAUGAAGAUCAGAAGCUGCUGGAGGACAAGGCCAAUGAACUGGUGGAUCUGGAGAAGGCUGUGAAAGAACUGCUUCAGGAGAUCAGUCACAAAGUCACCGUCUACAGCACCUGA